AUGAUGCACGAUCUUCCCACGCCAGCGCCUUCGUCGGACCCUCCGAUGCCCGGCUCGUCCCCGGUGAAGGCACUCAAGGCAGGCAAACUGCUCGAAUCGGUCAAGACGCGACCGUUUGCACCGCUCGACCUCAACAUAGUCGGCUCCAAGGCAAUCGCGUUCCAGCAGGCAAGGGAGCAGGCGGGCGCCACUCCCCCUCCUUCUUCACCUCCCGCCUCGUCCGUCUUUCAUUCGUCUCCCGUCGCGCCAACGCGUCAGCAGGCGCUCGGCUUCUCGCCUGUCAAGCAGCAGCGACCUUUUUCAGCCUCAGUCACGCCCGUGCGCAGUACCAUCCUCGACCAGACCAACACCAGCGUUGAGCUAGCACCCACACCCGCCUCCGAACAGCACGCUCCCAACACUCAGAUUCUCGGACUGAUCUCGAACCCAGAGCGCGACUCAGAUGCCGAUGCCGUGCCCAAUCUGCUGUUCGGCAGCAAGAGCGUCAGCCUGGUAAUUGGCCGAUCCAAGCCCUCAGGGCUGCCGCACGCCUCCCGUGCUGCCUCGGCUGCCGACAUCCCUGCCUCCAUGCAAGGUCUGGGAUCCAAGAGAAUCCUGCGCGUCAACCUUCCCAACGAGGCUCGUCACGUCUCGCGCAUCCACGCCAUCGUCGAGUGGAUCCCCUUCGUUGCGCGCCCUGCUUCCAAUAAGAAGGCCGUCUCUCCCAAAGCUUCCAGGAACGACCCUCCCACUGAAACUAGGAGCUCGAACGGAACCUUCAUCGUCCGUAUCGUUGGCCAGAACGGUCUUAUUGUCGACGGCAAGCGUCGUCGUGAGGGACAGGUCCUGCGUCUCGUAUCUGGCAAGUCGAUGAUCGACUUCUUCGGCGUCAAGUGUCGCUUCGAGCACAUUCCUUCGACUUCAGAUCUGCAGCCUUCCCCGGUCAAGUCGAUGCAGGCUCGCGUCGAGGAGUGGAGUCAACGCGUCACGUCGCCCGUCAAGAAGAGGGUGAUUAUUGAGGACCUGCCGAGCAGCGAGACACAGAUUGCUUCGAGCUCGCCCCCUGCUAGCUCUCCAACCGGCAUGCUUGUCAUGAUGUCUCCUAGCAAGCGCUCCGCUUUGGCGAAGACGUCAGGACGAGGGCUGCUCGACGACGAAGACGACGUCACCAGCUCUCCCACACCUGUCAACCGCCGAGGUGGUGGACUUGUAGCUGGACCUCUCAACAUCCGCCAGGUACGAGCUGGCGAUAGCGAUCAGGAGACCGGCGGCAACGGACUCGGCGCGAUGGACGAAGAUGAUGACGAUGAAGACGAGAGCGACGACGAGGACUAUGUGCCUGCGGCUCGACCUGCGCCCCAGAAUGCAGUGCUCGUGACUCGCAAGCCUCUUGCCGACGUCGUGGACGAUGUGUCGGACAGCAGCUCCCUCUCGGACCUUGAUUCUGGCAUCGUAGACCAGCAGAUCGGCGACUCUGCCCUCGCGACCCAACCUGCGACAACCACCCCGCAAGCGCCACGAAAACGAACCGAGACCACAGGCAGUGCGUCCGCAAGCAAGCAAGCAGUGACCGAAGCUCUGACCGAGUCGCAGACGCGUAUGCCUCCCCCUGCCCCUGUCACCAGUGUCCGCAACGCCGCACGCAGGUCGGCGAGCAACAGUCCCGCUCCGUCCUCGCCCCUCCCCGGCGCGUCCGUGCAAGACCUGCAAAUGCUUGCCCGCAACUGCGUCCGCCAGCUGGCACCCACCUACGAUCUACCUGGUCUCCUCGCCGGCGCGAUCGUCUUCCACCGCACCGCGACGAUCAGUGCCUCGGAAGCGGUCCGUUCGGUGCUAACCACCACGCCUGGGCUGAUGAAAGGCGAAGCUGGUGAACACUCGGUCGCCUUCAGUCCGUCCAAGCGCGCGCUUCCCGGUUCCGCCACCCUCCAGCACGGCUGCAUCGUCGAUGGCUGGCCCACCGCGUCGGAAUCCAACGAAAAAUGGGCCUCGAUCGCCCGCAAGGCGUGGCGGGAGCAUCUCGAGGUGGUGCUUCAAUCAUCGGCCAUGUUCGGCGUCAUCCAGCGUGCAGGCAAGGAUGCGUCCGGUAACCCGCUCGAGUGCUGGUACUACUACGAUAAGGAGAACGAUCCUGACAAGGAGCGGGCAGAGAACCUUGGCGUGUUCGCGAAGCCCAUGCGCAAGGCGCUCAAGGGUCAAAAACCCAUCUUUUGGAAACGAAGCGGUUAUGCGCGUCAACAAGAGGAGCUGGCAGAGGCCAAGUUGCAAGAGUCGGCGUCGGAUGUCAGCGCAAGCUCGGCUUCGGCGAGGAAGAUGGAAGGCGAGUCGAUGGAUAUUGCCAGCGCUCCUCUGCCCUCUUCGUCCGUCGGGAACGGUCGCAAGAGAAAGGCGGGCCAGUCGCAGGCGGAGACCCAAGGUACGGGCAACGACGACGAGAAGCGCCGCGAAAAGCUCAGAGCCAAGAUCGCAAAGAGCGGGCUGUGGGACGAGACGCAGCCCGAGGAGAAGGAGGAGCCCACGUGGGACCGAAAGGGCGACCAGGAUUAUAGGAAGGGUCGCAAGUAG